CUGACAUGGACGUGCCCUACCACACCGACACUGAUAGAGAUCCUCUCAGAGAAUUCGAUUUCUACCCCUCCCAUCACUGUCAUCGACCUCUUCUAUGUUUCGUUCAUGGCGGUGCAUGGCGAUCCGAGGACAAGAAGGACCAUGCCUCUUUGGCCCAAAAAUUAGUAGAGGCCACCGGUUGCCCUGUUGCUGUUCCCAACUAUCGAUUGACGCCAAAGACUGGCGAGGACGGUCCUCCCUUUCAUCACCCUGGACAUGCCCAAGAUACCCUUCAGUUUCUCACUUUUAUUCUCACUUGGCAGCCUGCCGACUCGGCAGCACUCUUUGACCACCGUCGACUCUACCUCAUAGGACACUCUUGCAGUGCACAUAUGUUGUCCGCAAUCAUCCUCGACUCCUCCGAUGUCAAUCCAACUCUGACACCAACAAAAAACCUGCUCACUGCAGUCCAAGGUGUCAUCAUGUCCGAAGGAAUUUAUGACAUUGACAAACUAUUGGCACGAUAUCCUCGGUACCAUGACUGGUUCAUCGAUGCUGCCUUUGGCAACCUGCCGUCCUACAACCGCUUUUCGGUCGCGACUUAUCCUCUUCGCGUGGAACAUGUCCGAUGGCUCAUUAUUCAUUCCAAGGGCGACACCCUUGUCGACGUGGCUCAAAGUCAAUUGAUGGUGGAACAUCUCAAAGCCGUAUCAAACCCACAUCUCGUCUGCCAGUAUCUCGAAGAGCUAGCGGAUGAGCACGAUGACAUACUAAAGUCCCCUCUGUAUAUACAAUUCGUAGCAAACUUCGUCGCACAGUAA